AUGUACUUUGCCAAGGCUAGUGCGCGUUCUUUGUGUCUGCUGUUUAAUUGCAAUAUGGGUCUCAGUCCUGCAACUAUUGUUGGCAUCGCAAGCGGCAUUAUAGUCUUAAUUGGAGCCACAGGAGCUGUUAUUGGUUUUAUUUUCUCUUCCAAGAAGGCAAAGAUUACUCUUACUGAUCCGAACGUUAAAAUAACACUUAGACUCCUUGAUAAGGAGGUAGUAUAUUACUUUUAUUACCUUUCACAGGAAAUCACUCAUGAUACCAGGCGAUUUAAAUUUGCCCUACCAACUCCAGAACAUAUAUUGGGCCUACCUUGCUCGAGUCAAUGGAGAACUAGUUGUCAGACCUUACACUCCAGUAUCUUUACAUAA